AUGGCGGACAGUGAUCCGGAGAGAUACGAGUCGACCAUCCAAACUACACUCCUUGCCACGCUUCUCCUCGUCCUCGUAUCUGGUAACUCUGUCAUCUGUAUGCUUGUUUGGAAGUACAAAAACUUGCGCACCUACGCUAAUUUUCUCGUCGUUGAGAUGGCGCUGGUCGAUUUUUUCAACGGUGUCAUUAACAUUCCGAUGUUUAUUUGUUACCAGGUAUAUCCUUCUCCCUUUCUGACGGGUCGGACUCUGGCGAUAGUUUGUCUGUUUUUACGAAGAGGUUUUCUACUUCAAAAUGCGCUCUCAGUUUCUACUAUAUUUCUUGAUCGUUAUUUCGUUCUUGCGUACGGUCUGAAGUACACUUCAUGGAAAAGCAGAAAAAAGCUUUUUAUGAUAAUAGCUUUAAAAUGGAUGACAGGUAUAGUAAUAGUCGGGGGAAUCAUUCUGUUUCAUACAGAUUUUGAAGACAUAGGUGACGCCCCAAUUGCCAAGUACAUUUCACAAUACGAAGACAGGGGGAUUUUGCCUUUUCCAAGAAUAAUUCUACCAAUGUUUCUGAUUUUUUUUUGUACUGUUUUAUAUCUGAGUUCGAGAGAAAUUAAGAAAAACAUUAACUUUAAGAAGGGCUUGAAAGGGUACGAAACAAAACGUUUUCAAGAUCUGAAAGCGCUGAAAACAGUUCAGUAUAUUAUCCUUUGCUACGCAGUUUGUUUUUUACCCGAUAUAACACGAAGUGUUUUACUGCUGACAACUUUUCAAGCGGUUGAGCAUUGGCUUGUGUUUAGUGCGUUUUUCUUCCUGGUCCUAACAAGUGCAGUUAACGUUGUUAUCUAUUACAUUCGGACGGAACGAUUCCGCCGUGCUUUCAUGCUAUUUGUCACCAACCCUGUGAAGAAAAACGAGGUUUUUGAGCUGAAAACGUAUGAAAGGGUUAUUCCAAAGAUUGUUCAAGAGGCGAAGAUGAUAGAAGAGCUAGAGAUUCCAACGGAUAGGUCAGCAGAAACUCCCGGCGCUCAGAACAAGGAGGAGUGUCCCACGACAACAGACUCUAAAUCCAGGGAAACCGAAGAGUUUAGUAUAUUUGACGAAGAUCUUCAGUGUUGGGACACUAAACUGUGA